GGGGUAAGCGAGAAGGGAGGAGGCGACGACGGUGGCGGCGGCUGCGCAGCGGCGUUUCUCUUCACCUUCCACCAGGUGGCGGCGCCGGCCAGAAAAGGCUAAUCCACCGAGGGUAUGAUGGCUUCCGAAUCAUCGGACGAGGUCGCGCAGUCGGUGUUCGGGGCGGGGGGAGCAAUGGGUUUGGUCUCGGACUCGCAGGCGAACGGGAACCACCAGCCGGCGCCGGCAGAGGCGCAGCAAGCCGUCGAGGAGGGUGAUGCCGGCGAGACGAUGGAAGGCGUCGCCUCCGUCGCCUUGCUGCCGUCCGGCGCUAUCUCCGGCCAUUUCAUCCGCCUCCCUGACUCCAUCUGCUACGGCCUCCAAGGCACCCCAAUAUCUUGCGAGAGGGAAUGCAGCCGAGGAGAGGAUUACCGCCUUUUAAAACUCACCAUCAUUGAUUUUAAGAGCAAGAGAGAGAAGGUGCUCGUUGUGGAAUGCAGGGGCCAUGACGCUGCUCGAUUACAAAACAUCGACCAUCUGCAUGGUUGGGAAGAUGACAUUGUUGGUUUGGUUGAAAAGGAACAUGGAAAUCAGAAAGUCUUGCUCUCUUUUGAAUGUGAGACGCUGAAGGCUGAUAAAGACGCCGAAGAUCAUAUUAUCAAAUAUAUGCCAAACCUACGUGGACUGGAUGCAGUUGUAAAUGUAGGAAAAAUGUGCAUCACCGGCAUCAAUCUCAGCGAGGACGACGAACCAAGAGGAGACAACUGAGAGCAGAGACGCUUUGCCAGUCUGUGCGAACGGUGUUCGUUGUUCUCCCUCCCUGUGUUGCUUUCCAGAGUCAACGGAUAAAAUACUUAGGCACCAGCUAACCAUCAAACGUUUACAAGCUAACGCUGGUAAUCUGCCAAGUUCAUGUCUGAAUACCAAUGCUUGUAAUUUGAAUGAUGUGGCCGCGGAUCGGAUUCAGUACCUGAGACGGUUCAAGUUGUCACGCGACGUUGUCUGCUGCUGCGUCGUGUGCAAAUUCCGAGGGACUGACUGUACGCUUUGGUUUGGUUGCUUGUGCUGUUGCUGGUGGCAUCUCUUGUCCCUGGCGCUACUGUU